AGCUGCAGUAGUCGGAGGACAGACGAGGCAGCAGCAUCCCCACUCACAUCCUCUUCUCUAUCAUCUCCUGAGCACUCAGAGAAACGAGUGGAGAAGGACAAGAGAACUGGAGCUCUAACUCUCUGCAUCCAUCAUUCAAGGCUUCAAGGAUAGUCUGCGUCUUCUCAGUAGGACCUCCGUUCUUGUUCUGUCUCACUUGGACCGGCUGGAUUUUCUGGGUCGAGACGAGCAAUGGGGUCGGGGGUCAGGGGGGCAUGGAUGACCCGCACUUCCAGCACGUGGACAGGGUGGAGUGGAGCGUACGUGUGCGUUUGGAGACUUGUGUUAGUGUGCUGCGGAAUCCAGAGUGUUCCUGCUCAAACCUCAAGAGACAGCAAGUCAGUGUACUUCUGGGAAACAGGUCCCUGGGGACGGUGUAUGGGCAGUGAGUGUGGUCCGGGUGGCAGUCAAAGCCGGGCCGUGUGGUGUGCGCAUGUGGAGGGCUGGACCACGCUUCCCACCAACUGCCAACAGUCGUCACGCCCGGCCAACCAGCAGAGCUGCUUCCGUGUCUGUGACUGGCACCGUGAGCUGUACGAUUGGCAGCUUGGCUCAUGGAAUCAGUGCUUGCCUGUAGCCCAGCACGCAGGAGGCAGCGGGCACUGUUUACAUGCGGAGGCGGGAAUCCAGACGCGGGAGGUGAGGUGCUUGCUGAGAGCGAAUGGUUCUCCAGCAGACGACUCCAUCUGUGAGUACUUCGAGCCGAGGCCACGUCUGGAGCAGGCCUGUCUGAUUCCGUGCCCGAGGGACUGUGUGGUGUCACAGUUCAGCCCGUGGACCUCCUGCUCCAAGACGUGUGGUCUGGGUCUGCAGAACCGCGCCCGGUCUGUCCUGGCACCACCGCUGUUCGGAGGCUUACCUUGUCCCAACCUAACAGAGUUCCGGACAUGCUCACCGAGGCACUGUGAGGGCAGGGAGAUGGUUUUUAACUUGCGCUUAGGCUCCUGGAGUGAGUGCCGUUUUCAUCCUGAAACACCUGCAGCGUCAUCAACUUCCGUUUCCCCACCUCGUGUUACACGUCAAGCUCGACGCAGGAAAGGUAAAGAAAGGCUGGGAGGAAGGGAUCCAGAGACACGUGAGCUCAUCAAGAGCAAACGGAACCGCAACAAAAUGAAUCGGCAGGAGAGCAGCUUGUGGGGCAUCGAGGUGGGAUACCAGGCACGGCAGGUCAUCUGUGUACACCGCAAUGGCAGCACCGUGCCUCUUAGUCAGUGUCCCCACUGGAGUCUUCCCGACCUGCACCGACCAUGCCUGAUGCCCAAAGAUUGCGUUGUGGGCGAGUGGGCAGAGUGGGCUCCCUGCUCAAAGAUGUGCACCAACCCAGAGAGCCCGACCAUCCUCCAGACCCGCAGCAGGGACAUCCAGCAGCUCCCAGUGGGUGGAGGAGCCAAGUGUCCUCUGCUGGAGGAAAGCCAGCCGUGCGAGCCAAUGGGAGAUGCCGUUUCUCUCUGUCCAAUCUACACCUGGAGGACAACAGAGUGGGCGGAGUGUCGUGUGGAUGUGCUACUCAGCCAGCAGGACCGGCGCCGGUCCAACCAGACGGGAUUGUGUGGAGGUGGAAUGCAGACCAGGGUGGUGUACUGCGUCCGAUCGAACCCUGAUCCCUUCUCUGACCUGAGCACCAGCCAGGACAAGCCAGCACCUCAGCCAGUGGACAGCCAGCUGUGUGUGGGUCCUAUGCCGAGUACCAGCCAGAUGUGCCACAUCUCCUGCCCUGUGGAGUGUGAGGUGUCUCCGUGGGGGGCCUGGGGGCCGUGUACUUUUGAGAACUGCAAUGACCAAACUGUGAAGAAAGGUUUCAAAUUCCGACGGCGGAAGAUCGCAAACUUCCCGACGGGAGGUGAGGGCAGCUGUGCACACCUGGUGGAGGCCACGCCCUGUGAUGAGCCCAGCUGUUUCAGAUGGCAGGUGCUCGGGCUGGAUUUGUGUAUACCUGCCGAGGACACGGACUGCGGGCCGGGAAGUCAGCUUCCUCAAAUCCUCUGCGUCAACACUGAUGGUAACGCAGUGAAAGAGGAGCAGUGUGACGAAACGUUGCUUCCUGGACCCGUCUCCUGUGUUGUCCCGUGUCCUAAUGACUGCGUCCUCAGCCCCUGGACGUCCUGGUCAACCUGCUCACAGACAUGUUCAAGCAAAACAGCCGAGGGCAAGCAGACAAGAACGAGAGCCAUUCUGGCUUAUGGUGCUCGAGAAGGAGGCUCCAGCUGUCCGAACGCCAGCGCGCUACAGGAAAUGAGGAGCUGUAAUGAGCAUCCCUGCGUAAUUUACCAUUGGCAAACGGGAGCGUGGGGGCCCUGUGCUGAGGACACCUCGGUCACCGUGCUCAACUCAACCCGGGCCGCACUCUUCGGACAGGGCAAGACAUCAUGUGCCAUGGGCAUGCAGACCCGCAAAGUCAUCUGUGUCAAGGUCAACGUAGGGCAAGUCCCACCCAAAAAAUGUCCAGAAGCCCCUCGUCCGUCAGUGAGACAGUGUGUGCUUCCCUGUAAGAAGGACUGUAUAGUAACAGUGUUCAGCGAAUGGACGCUCUGUCCUUCACCGUGUAACACAGGACUGAGUGGCCAGAAGUACAACCAAUCCCGGUUCCGUGUGAUCAUCCAGAAGCCGGUAAACGGAGGUGUGGAGUGUCCCGAGAUUCUGUAUGAAGAGAGAGAGUGUGAGGUUCCUCGUCCAGCUUCAGUCUGUCCAGGUUACAGGUGGAAAACCCACAAAUGGCGCCGGUGUCAGCUUGUCCCGUGGAGCAUCCGUCAGGACACUGGUGGAGCUCAGGAGGGAUGCGGUGCAGGGCUUCAGACCAGGGCGGUCUCAUGUCGGCAGCUGGACGGUUCUGUAGCAGACGUAGCCCAGUGUCUGAAGUUUGCAAGCUCCAUGCCGCCAGUAAACCAGGCGUGCCAGCUGCCGUGCAGAGAUGACUGUCAGCUCACCAACUGGUCCAGGUUUUCAGCGUGCACUGCUGACUGCGUGGGUGUGCGCACGAGGAAAAGAGCCCUAGUGGGAAAGAGCAAAAAGAAGGACAAGUGCAAGAACAGUCAGACGUACCCCCUGAGCGAGACACAGUACUGCCCCUGUAAUAAGUAUAACGCCCAGCCGGUGGGGAACUGGUCCGACUGCAUCCUGCCCGAGGGCUCCGUGGUCACUCUGGCGACUCGAGUGCAGGGGGACAGCCGGGAGUGUGGACAGGGCUACCGCUACCAGGCUAUGGUGUGCUACGACCAGGACAACAGGCUGGUGGAGACAUCACGCUGUAACAGUCACGGCUACAUCGAGGAGGCGUGUAUCAUCCCAUGCCCCUCAGACUGCAAGCUCAGCGAGUGGUCCAACUGGUCACGCUGUAGCAAGUCCUGCGGCAGCGGGGUCAAAGUUCGCUCCAAGUGGCUUCGGGAGAAACCGUACAACGGCGGGAGGCCGUGCCCCAAACUCGACCAUGUCAAUCAGGCACAGGUGUACGAGGUGGUGCCCUGUGUGAGCGACUGCUCGCAGUACGUGUGGGUGGCUGAGCCGUGGAGCACUUGGAAAGUCAGUAACUUGGACCUGAAGGAGAACUGUGGUGACGGGGUGCAGACCAGGAAGGUCAGGUGUAUGCUGAACACCGUGGAUGGUCCGACUGACGUGGUGGAGGAUUACCUGUGUGACCCUGAGGAGAUUCCUGCAGGUACACGUGAGAGCAGGCUGCCAUGUCCUGAUCGCUGUGUACUGUCCGAGUGGAGCUCCUGGACCAACUGCCAGCUGCCUUGUAGUGACCAAGGGCGUCGACAGAGAACGGCGUAUGCACUUCGCAUGCCCAAAGAAGCAGAAGAAUGUCCCAGAAGCAUGGAGGCAGAGCCAUGUGUGUUCAACAGGAACUGCUUCUAUUACAGCUACAACAUCACAGACUGGAGCACGUGCCAGUUAAGUGCCAAUGCUGUGUGUGGAAGAGGGCUGAAGACUCGUAUGCUGGACUGUGUGAGAAGUGAUGGCAAAUCAGUGGACCUCAGGUUCUGCCAGGAGCUGGGUUUGGAGAGGACGUGGCAGAUGAACGCUUCCUGUACAGUAGAGUGUCCAGUAAACUGCCAGCUUUCGGAAUGGUCAACAUGGACAGAGUGCUCUCAGACCUGCGGCCUGGAGGGGAGAAUGGUGCGCAGGAGGACAGUGGUCCAGGCAUCUCAGGGUGAUGGCAGGCCAUGUCCCUCUCUGAUGGAGCAGUGGAAGCCGUGUCCUGUCCGGCCGUGUUAUCACUGGCACUACAGCGCCUGGUCUGAGUGCCGUGUUGAGGAAGUGGUGUGUGGAGAAGGCCGACGCUUUCGGAACUUGUCCUGCUUCGUGUCCGACAGUUCCCGAGAUGGUCAGGUCAGCAUGGUGGAGGACGAGCUGUGCUCAGGGCUGGAGCUCGCCAUCAACGGGGACAAAAAGAUCAUUCUGGAAGAACCUUGUACCCUACCGUGCCCAGGUGAUUGUUACCUGAUGGAGUGGUCAGACUGGAGCCCGUGUCAGAGUGUGUGUGUUAAAGGUCAGCGGGUUGACCAGAGCGCGGUGCAGGUACGCUCACGAGCCGUCGUCGCCCAGGAGCCUGAGAACAUCGGCCUUUGCCCUGACCAGGACUGGCAGUCCCGCCCCUGCACCGACGGCGAGUGUUUUGACUACGAGUGGGUGAGCGCAUCUCGGACGGUCUGGUGCGAGCGCUCAGACGGAAUAAACGUCACAGGUGGAUGCCCCCCCACACCGGCACCAGGGACCGAGCAAUCUUGUGUCCCUGCAUGUGAAAAGCCACGUUCCUUCUGCUCCAAGGAAGCUGUGUGUGUGUGCGAGGAAGGCUACACUGAGGCGCUGUCUCCUGAAGGUCUGUUGCAGCAGUGUGCUCUGAUUCCCGUGCUGGAGAUUCCCACAGCGGGGAGCAAAAGUGAAGAUGUGAAGACGAGCCGAGCCAUCGAUCCUACCGCCUCCACCACGGACGGGCCGGGGCCCACGGGGCGCACGUGGUACCUCAAACCCUUUGGACCUGACGGCAGACUGAAGACGUGGGUUUACGGUGUGGCGGCCGGUGUCUUUGUGCUCCUGGUGUUUAUAGUGUCCAUGGUCUAUUUAGCGUGCAAAAAGCCAAAGAGACCACAACGACGACAAAACAACAACCGGCUAAAGCCUCUCACUCUGGCAUACGACGGCGACAUGGACAUGUAGCCCUGACGACACGACACGCCAUGACACACACACACACACACACACACACGUGCGCACACGCACGUGCACACGCACACAUACACGCACACAUAGACAUACACGCCUUCAUUAGUUAUUAGUUAAUGAAAACACACAUACUCACAAAAUAUGCACACUUACUGCACAAAUGCUUGUGUGUAAGUACAUACAUACAUAUUGGACACAAUAUACACACAAUACAUACACAAACAACAUAUACGCACAA